AUGGCACCGAAGGUCGGCCAGCCGACGAAGCUACCUACAUACCCUCGACACAUCAACAGCGGCGACCAGCGGCGGACUGACGGUGAGAACUGUCUGGCAACCCGCAACGCCACCUACGACACAUCUGACCUUGAGCCUUAUUUGGGUGACCUUGCCGGUCAGGUGUACACUCCAGAUCAGCAGUGUGAGGUGGGAGAUGGCUCCUACCUCUCCAGGAUCAGCUAUGAUUCGGAUUACAGUGGGAUUUGUUCCGCAAUGAACUGCAUUGUGCCGGGAAAUUCAAGCUUCUAUAGAAAACGACUCGCCUGGGAGGGAACAACGUGUGGGGACGGAAAGCUGUGUAGUGGUGGAUUGUGCGUUGCCUCGUCCAGUGCUCCGGCUGUAGCGGAUGAGUCAUGUAUGUUCGGAAACAACCCAAGCAUCGUAACGUUCGAGACGGUCACGUGCAGCGAACUGCUGGCUUUUCCCAACACAUCAUACGAAUGCUACAACAGCAACAGGCGAGAAGAUUGUUGUGAAACAUGCGAACAAAUAAGGCUCGCAAACGUAAACAACACUGAUUGCGAGUACGGCGACAAGGCAAGCUCUUGUGCAACGUUGUCUCUGAGUGACUGCUAUACCAAUGACGCUGUGUGUUGUCAGUCCUGUCCGGAGAGAGCACUAAACAUACCAAAUUGCGAGUACGGCGAUCAGGCAAGCUGGUGUGCAACGUUGCCUCUGAUUGACUGCUAUAACAAUGACGCUGUUUGUUGUCAGUCCUGUCCGGAGAGAGCUCUAAAUAUACCAAAUUGCGAGUACGGCGAUCAGAAAGGCUGGUGUGCAACGUUGCCUCUGAUUGACUGCUAUAACAAUGACGCUGUUUGUUGUCAGUCCUGUCCGGAGAGAGCUCUAAAUAUACCAAAUUGCCCAUAUGGAGAUCAGUCAACGUCAUGUAAUGCAGCUGAUUGUCCAACUUAUACUGAAGAGUCAAGAACAGUUGUAUGUUGUCAAACAUGUGCAGCUACAACCACAACAAUCACAACGCCCACUACAACUACACCAACAACAACUUCAACUACACCAAUUACAACAACCACAGCACCAACAACAACUACCACUAUACCAACUACAACUACCACUUCACCCACUACAACAAUCACAACGCCCACUACAACUACACCAACUACCACUACCACUACACCAACUACAACUACCACUACACCAUCAACAACAACCACCACUACACCCACAACAACUACCUCAACACCAACUACCACUACAGUUACACCACCAACAACUACCAUAACACCAUCAACAACUACCACUACACCAACUACAACUACCACUACACCAACUACAACUACCACUACACCAACUACAACUACCACUACACCAACUACAACUACCACUACACCCGCAACAACUACCACAACACCAAUAACAACAACCACUCCACCAACUACAACUACCACAACAACCAGCACUACACCAAUAACAACAACAACCACUACACCUACAGCAACUACCACUACACCAAUAACAACUACCACUACACCAACUACAACUACCACUUCACCAACAACAACUACCACUACACCAACAACAACAACCACUUCACCAACAACAACUACCACUACACCAACUACAACAACCACAACACCAACAACAACUACCACUACACCAACAACAACAACCACUUCACCAACAACAACAACCACAACACCAACUACAGCUACCACUUCACCAACAACAACUACCACUACAACAACAACAACUACCACUACACAAAUAACAACCACUACACCUACAACUACUACCACUACACCAACAACAGCUACCACUACACCAACAACAACUACCACUACACCAACAACAAUUACCACUAAACCAACAACGACUACCAUUACCGCUACACCAACUACCACAUCACCAUCUACAGAUUCCACUACACCAACUACCACAACCCCAACUGCAGCUACCACUACAUCUACUUUGAAUAUUCAACAAGAAAGAUCAGAUGCAAUGACCGUGGCAUGCAGCGUAGUCCAUAUUUUAAUCAGGACUAUCUUCAUCUGCGCAAUGGUUCGUGAUCACCUGAUACGGAAGAUCUAGAUACAACUCUCCUUACAGGUGUAAGUUAUGCAUGCACUAGUAGCGUUAUUAACUUUGCAUAUCUGAAACUGUUUUGUGAUUAUUUUUAAAGGCAUAGCUGCUUAUUUUUGUUGGUAUCAAAACGUAUGAAGAACUUCAUGAUAAUCGUAAACGUCGUGUAUAUACAUAAUGAUUUUUUUAUAUAUAUGAUUUUGAUACAUUGGUUUUUCGAUAUUGACACUGGCCCCGAAAUAUGGGAUUAUAAGGAAUGUCAUGAGAUUGAAUAAAUACAGCUUUUCUUAUGUAAAUAUUUUCUCGGCGUUAAGAGUUUUGUAAUAAUUGUGUGACUUUAGGUGAAUGUGGUAGAUUACCAGUGAUCACUAUUUAUGUCUCAAAAUGUGUCAAAUAUUGGCGCAAAGUUUUACAAAUGCCUGGAUGUAGAUUCACUUAAAAUUCAUAUGUUAUGAUAAAAAAUCUGUGUAAUCUAGGUAGGCGUACAUGGGCAACUUGUAUCAAAGAAAUAUUGUUUGCACAUGGUUUUUGACUAUGCUUGUUUUUCUCAGGGUGUUGUAUGCAUAGAAAAUACUAGUUUAGUGUCGUGGAUGGAGGAAGUUUAUCUGGUAAGACGGAGAAAAUUAUCACCCGAUAAAUUCCACAGCCGGGCCAGAUCAACUUUCUCCAUCCACGACACUAAUCUAGUAUUCUCUUUAUCCUGUUACUUUGUUUAUCAAAACAUUAUAAAUUACCCUAAAAAUAUCAAGUACUUAAAAAAAGGAUAACUGUAUUUCUCUGUUCCCACACUCGGUAUCUAUGUUAAAUGCGCCCCUAAAAUAGUUCUCAAACCUGUUCAAUUUAUUCAAUACUUAUAUGCAUUUUAUUAAGUCAAUAUCAAUUCAAAUCAUUAAAAACUUUUAAAAGUACUUAAACGUGGAUCAGUCAACAAACAUUAUCUUAUCAUGUAACAAUUAUUCCGCAAGUCACAGACUACACAGAUCACGAGUGUUUACAAACAAUCGCCACAUGUCCAAUGAAUUUAAAUUAUUUUGAUAUUAAAGAAUAUAGUGUUUGAUGUUUAGAACUGCACCGGCAAAGAGAAAAUUCAUUUCUUUGUAAGUGAGAUUUUGUCAUUCACCACCGAAAUGGAAUUCACCAUCGUUGAAUGCUGUACAUUUUCAUAUGACCACAUGAAUGUAGAUAAACAUCACGUGGUCAACUACGAUACUUAUAAAUGCUUUAAGUCUUUAUUGAAUGUUGAUAGAUACCUUAAUAUUAGUUAACCGUGUCCUAUACGAAAAUCAUUGGCUAGAUCAAGAACCUCUAGUCAUAAACUCCAUAUUAAAAUUGGUCGAUGUUUUAGUAUUGAUAGAGAUGAUAGUGUUAGUAUUUAUUGUUUAUUGGACAAAUACAUACUAGUACUUGGUUUUGAAGAUGAAUAUCAUGUAUUUCUGAGUAUUCAAGAUUUCAAGACAUCAUGACAAUAUUUAUUUCUUGGUAUUGUGAAAACAGUGUCAUUAGUGUUCAUUUCUAUAAUCUAAUGGCAUCGGAAAAUGUUACCCAUAUCAAAUCCACUGCUCUUUAUGUUCCUAAACCCACAACUCUAAUUAAGUUACAUAUAAGUAUUUUGUUAUAUUUGAUUUGCAUUGUAACAUGUUAAUUUAGUUCGUUAUAAUGGUUAUUAUAAACAAAGUCUUAGACAAUUUGACACGAAGUAAAAAAAAAUAGGUUAGUAAAUAUGGCGUUUUUGUUGAUACUAAAAUAGUUUUAGUUUUGGUUUCAAGGGUUUCGAAACCUGUUUCGAAGAUUUUGCUUAAAAAAAACAAAUGCAUGGUUUUGUAUCAAUGAAUUUGUGUCAAUUAUAUGACGCAUUAUAUGACGCAUUUGUUGGUUCUAUUUUAAAUUAUUCGGCAGAGGUUUUGGGCUAAAUGUAAGGAGUUAGAAGGAAUUCAUUUAAAUUUUGUAAAAGAUUAUAAAGAGUCAAAAUAAAUACUUGCAAUGUCAAUGUUUAUGGCGAAUUAGGAAAAUUUUCGUUAUAUAUGUGUAGAUAUAUGCGUAUAUUGUCAUAUUGGUUUAAAGUUGCUACCACUGAUAAUAUUAUCAUCAAAACUUCAUAUGCACAAGCUAAGAAUGAUUGUGUUAAAGGUUGUCGUAAUUGGGUGUAUAACAUAAGAAAGAUAUUAAAUGAUUUUGGUUUUAGCCAUGUUUUGGACGAUAUCUACAAUAUUGAUGUUGAUAUAUUUAUAGUUUUGAAAUGUAGAAUAUAUGAUGCUUUUAAACAAGAUUGGUAUGGUGCUUUAGAAAAAAGCACGGUGCUAGAUAUGUAUAGAUAUUUUAAGACUAGUUUUGAAUAUGAAAGUUAUUUAGAGCUUAUUAAACUAUGUCUGUGUGUUAAAGAUUCGCUUAAAGUAAGAUCCACAAUAAUUAAUGUUAGAACUUAAUAUUGUACCAUUUGUUCAUCCUCUUAUUUAGAUGAUUUUUGUAUAUAUGUAUAUACUGGUUUGUAUUACAUUGUUUGUUAUU